UGUGUACAAAUGUAAACAUGGAAGAUAUGUUAAGUACAGUGAUCGAAUGUGCCAACUUCGCGGCUAUUAAACACAAAAACCAAAAACGUAAAGACGUGGAAGGAACACCGUACAUAAACCAUCCAAUAGGCGUGUCCUACAUAUUGACCAACGAAGCAGGUAUUACUGACCCACUAGUCAUCCAGGCAGCACUGCUUCAUGACACAGUAGAAGAUACAGACACCACUCUGCAAGAAAUUGAGGACCAUUUUGGUAAAGAAGUGGCAGGAAUUGUUGCUGAAGUAACAGAUGACAAAAGUCUAGCGAAGGCAGAACGUAAGAAACUGCAAAUCGAACAUGCAAAGACUAGCAGCCACCGUGCAAAGUUGGUGAAACUGGCAGACAAACUAUACAACCUUCGUGAUUUGAACCGAAGUACACCAGUUGGCUGGACUGAAGAAAGGGUCCAACAGUAUUUUGUGUGGGCAAAGAAAGUUGUCAGAAAUCUUGCUGGGACCAAUGAACCAAUGGAGAAGGCACUUGAUAUUAUUUUCCAAGAAAGAAAUAUAUCUGAAUUGGAGUUACUGAAUUGAUGGACUGGUGACUGCGGGAAAGGUUCAAAGUGCUGGACAUACUGACCACAGAGUCAGUUAAUAGGAACAGACAAUGCUAUUAUCUUCUUAAUAAUAAAUGCAAUAUCCAGCAAGGACCAUAUUAUGUCCUCUACAAAUGCUACCAUUUGUCUUACAACCUUUGGUGAUGAUCAGAUAGUGGGUAAGGAUGAAUUCAUGAUGAUAGAUGAACACUGCAGAAACAGACACUUUGAUUUUACAAUGUUUUGUAAAAUCUUUCAUAGUUAUCUGACAUAUAUUAUCUUGCUAAUGUUUGUUUAUGAGAGGCAAAAAAAAACUAUUUAAAACCCAAACAUGUACUGAUCCCUAUAUACUGGAGUAUCAUUCAUAGGUUUAAGAUUAUGUUACUAUUCACUCCACAGAUGCACACACACACAUACAUUUAUUUUCAAAGACAAAUUGACAUCCAUAAAAAAAAUGACAGUCAUCACAUGAUAAGAAAGCCUUCCUAUAUUAAUAUCUUUCAGCCAUUUGCUCACAUUUGAUUUGUGUCUUUUAGAAUUACUACAACAGUCUUUGUUCCAUUGAACUUAUUGACUUCUUACUACCUCUGUUUUAUACCAUCUGCUUUACCUGUUUUAUUGCCUUUACUCUGCCUCAGUUCCAACAAGCCUUCUGAGAUAUUGCUCAUCAUAUAUUAACCCUUUUGUUAUCAUAUUUCUGUUGAGAUGCUCUGUGUUUUUUUACAAUUAAUUUUAACCCUUUAGUGUUCACAUUAUUCUGCCAUAAUUAAUGCUUUUUUAUCCACAUUGUUUUGAACUAAUCAUGCAUUAUCGUGUAGCUAUGAGAUUUUGAUGAGGUAGCUGUUAAUCUUUAAAAUGUUAUUGUAGGGUUGGCGUGAAAGACUAGAUCUGGUCAGUUUGAACAUAAAACAGGCAGAAGACUUUUGGCCGGAUAUGGCCGGUUUAAAUGCUAAAGGGUUAAAUACAACAAGAAUUUAGUAAAAUAACUUAGUUAUCACUAAACUAGUGUUAGAAACAUAAACUGUGACUAAGGUUUGGUGGGAGAUCUUAAUUCAGAACUUUUGAAAACAAGACAUUUCUACUACAGAGCCAGAGGCAGUUUCAAGCAGGUUGGUAUCAAAAGGAUUAAAGUAUUAAUUGAAUAAACCUUGUCUGUAAUACAGAGUUCACUAUAUAUUACCUUAAGCAAAUUCUAAAAUCUUGAUAGAGAGAGCAUGUGAGUGAGAGAGAAAGAAACAAAAUUGUUCAAAUUUACUGUAUUAGACCAAAGGAAUUUUAGUAAACAGUUAUAUUUAUAUAAUCUUGAUAUUUAUAUACAUCUUACUAAAAGCUAUAAAGGACUGUAUGUGACCUGAGUGCUACUGGUCACCCAUUCUCGCCCUCAACAAACAAAUUAUCAUCACCCAGUUUUUUUUUAGUUUUUUUUACAUAAAACAAUAUUUCUUUGAAA